AUGGGAUCCCUCAAGGAACGAGACGGAGGGAACAGGUGUCACAUCUUUACCUGGGAUCCUGCAAGGAACAUCUUAAGGGCAAAAAUACCAUUGGUAACAUCUGAGACUAUAACUACACAAGACCGUGGAACUGAGCAUCCUUUUGUUUUUCACCGUAUUUCACUGAUCGUUGGAACUGCAGAGAAAAGCCAUGGACAACAGACUGAUCUUCCUCACUGCCCUGCUAGUGACGCUCUCCUGGAUGUCAGUGGGCACCUACGCUCAGACAACAACAGCAGCAGCGACGACAACAGCAGCAGCAGCUACAACAACGGCAGCAGCGACAACGACAGCAGCAGCGACAACAGCUGCAGCGACAACAACAGCAGCAGCGACAACAACAGCUGCAGCGACAACAACAGCAGCAGCGACAACAACAGCAACAGCUACAACAGCAGCAGCUACAACGACAGCUGCAGCUACAACGACAGCAGCAGCUACAACGACAGCUGCAGCGACAACAACAGCAGCGACAACAGCAGCAGCGACAACGACAGCAGCAGCGACAACAGCAGCAGCGACGACAGCUGCAGCGACGACAACAGCAGCUACGACAACAGCAGCAUUGACAACAGCAGCUACGACAACAGCAGCAGCGACGACAGCAGCAGCGACGACAGCUGCAGCAGCGACGACAGCAGCAGCGACGACAGCAGCAGCGACGACAGCUGCAGCGACGACAAAAGCAGCUACGACAACAGCAGCAUUGACAACAGCAGCUACGACGACAGCAGCAGCGACGACAGCAGCAGCGACGACAGCUGCAGCAGCGACAACAGCAGCAGCGACAACAGCUGCAGCGACGACAACAGCAGCAGCGACAACAACAGCAGCAGCUACAACGACAGCUGCAGCGACAACAACAGCAGCGACAACAACGGCAGCAGCGACAACGACAGCAGCAGCUACAACAGCAGCUACGACAACAGCAGCAGCGACGACAGCUGCAGCAGCGACGACAGCAGCAGCGACGACAGCUGCAGCUGCGACAACAGCAGCUGCGACAACAGCAGCUACGACAACAGCAGCUGCGACGACAACAGCAGCUGCGACAACAGCAGCUGCGACAACAGCAGCAGCGACAACAGCAGCAGCUACAACAACAGCAGCAGCGACAACAUCUGCAGCUACAACAACAGCGACAACGACAAAAGCUGCAGCGACAACGACAACAGCUGCAGCGACAACAACAACCACUACUAGCCAUGCCAUUACAAUCCAGCAAUCUCUGACCCAAGCUCUGCUGAUCACUGUUGGUGUGCUUGUUCUGACCGUGCUCUGAGGAAACUGACAGCUCCAAGAGUCAAGACAAGACAACCAUUUUCCGUCUUAGUGUGCUACUGAAUAUAAUCAUCUCUCAGGAGGUUGACUAUAAACAGUGCAUCCUUUCCAGAUUAUUAGAAUCAUGCUUCACUGUUUCAAUUUACUGGCAGGUGAGGGCAGGAAUGGUGGAGGUCGGUCAAUCUUCCCAGGCCUUCUUAUGCUUUUACAUCGGUGUAGGCUCUGAAACACAAAAAGUCUGUUAAUUUUGUAUUUAAUGUUUAAUCAAUUUUGAGUAUUUCUUUUAAACAUAGGACUGCUGCAUUUCUGUCCUACAUGUUACCUAAUAGCAAAACAAAUACAUUGAUUAACUGCCUGAAAUGAAAAUCAGUCUUUGAAUGAUUGGAAUGGGUACAGAGUUAUCAAACAUACAAUAAAUAAUCAAUUGUUUUUACCACUA